CGUUAAACAAUCACGAUCCAACGGCAUCAAACGGUCCACAGAAAAAAGAGAGGGAAACAACCACAUCCGCCUGAUUCACGCACCUUGCCCUAGCCUUUUCCUUAUAUACCCACGCUUGUUUCCGCUUGGCUCCACUGCCACUCUCCCCACUUGCUCUUUAUCACUUGCUCGAUAUCCGGAAAUCUCACCGGACGCGCCGCACUUUCACAGCCAGUCUCCGAUUUCUCAACGAAAUAUAAUAUAAAAAAUGAGGGAAAUCCUUCACAUUCAAGGAGGACAAUGCGGGAACCAGAUCGGUUCCAAGUUCUGGGAGGUUGUUUGCGAUGAGCAUGGAAUUGAUCCCACUGGAAAAUACGUUGGAACCUCUGACCUUCAAUUGGAGCGUGUCAAUGUUUACUACAAUGAGGCUUCGUGUGGGAGAUUUGUCCCUCGUGCUGUGCUUAUGGAUCUUGAGCCUGGUACCAUGGACAGUUUGAGGACUGGUCCUUAUGGCCAGAUCUUCAGGCCUGAUAACUUUGUGUUUGGGCAGUCUGGUGCUGGAAAUAACUGGGCCAAAGGGCAUUACACUGAGGGUGCGGAGUUGAUUGAUUCAGUUCUUGAUGUUGUGAGGAAGGAAGCAGAAAAUUGUGAUUGUCUUCAAGGUUUUCAAGUUUGCCACUCGCUCGGUGGAGGAACUGGAUCUGGAAUGGGGACUCUACUGAUUUCUAAGAUCAGAGAGGAAUACCCUGAUAGAAUGAUGCUUACUUUCUCUGUGUUCCCAUCACCUAAGGUUUCUGAUACUGUCGUGGAACCAUACAAUGCUACCCUUUCUGUUCAUCAGUUGGUUGAGAAUGCUGAUGAGUGUAUGGUGCUUGACAACGAGGCAUUGUAUGAUAUUUGUUUCAGGAUUCUCAAGUUGACUACUCCUAGCUUUGGCGACCUGAAUCAUCUGAUCUCUGCAACAAUGAGCGGUGUCACCUGCUGUCUCAGGUUCCCUGGUCAGCUCAACUCUGAUCUUAGGAAGCUUGCAGUGAACCUCAUCCCCUUCCCCCGUCUGCACUUUUUCAUGGUUGGAUUUGCUCCUCUGACCUCACGUGGUUCUCAGCAGUACAGGGCUCUGACUGUCCCAGAACUCACCCAGCAGAUGUGGGAUGCCAAGAACAUGAUGUGCGCUGCUGACCCACGCCAUGGUCGCUACCUGACUGCUUCUGCUAUGUUCAGGGGUAAGAUGAGCACUAAGGAAGUUGAUGAACAAAUGAUCAAUGUCCAGAACAAGAAUUCAUCCUACUUUGUUGAGUGGAUCCCCAACAAUGUGAAGUCUAGUGUGUGUGAUAUUCCUCCGAGAGGACUUGCUAUGGCAUCCACCUUCAUUGGAAACUCAACCUCCAUCCAGGAGAUGUUCAGGCGUGUAAGUGAGCAAUUCACAGCUAUGUUCAGGAGGAAGGCUUUCUUGCACUGGUACACCGGAGAAGGCAUGGAUGAAAUGGAAUUCACUGAAGCUGAGAGCAACAUGAAUGACCUCGUGUCUGAAUAUCAGCAGUACCAGGAUGCAACAGCUGAUGAAGAAGUUGAUUAUGAGGAUGAGGAGGAAGAAGAGGCUGAGAUGUGAUGAGGUGUAAACGGUCCUGCUACUGUUUUUUUUUUUUUUUUUUGCAGUUUAUGCUGCGUUAAUUUGUACUCUUCAAAUUUGUCAUGUGUUGAAUUUUCUGUGUAGUAUGAAUGGUAGAGUUGGAAAAGUUGUUGCUUUUCCUUCUAGUUGUAGUAGUUAAAUAUAAUGUGGUUGAUAAGUGUUGCGUUACCA